CCCUUGCAGUACAGUAAUCACUGCCACCACAAGAUUUUCAUCCAAAAUUGGAUGAAAACUUUUAAUGGCAUUUUUUUUAAUCAUAUAUAUUUAUUCUUAUAUCCUUUCUUAAAUAAUUACUUUACGCCAGUUGAUAGGCAUAAUAUGUUUUAUAAAAAAAUAACAAUUAAAAAAAACAUUCGGAAAUGUUCGGUCUUUUUUCAAAUUGAAAGUAGGAUUUACAAAUUACAAUAUCAACAUGGAUGUGUUGUUAGCUAUUCAGACAUGUAUCGAACGUUUUGAACCAGGAUUGCAAGCAAAACCAAAACAAAUCGAAUGUUGGCGGCAUGUUCUUGCAGAGGAAGACAAAACAUGUUGCUGGAAUUUCUUUUAAAGGUGUUCCGUCCAUUUUGUAAAUUGCAAUCACGUGCCGUUUUAUCUAUCAUCACGUGAUAUUGUGAAGGCAGUGAUUACUGUACUGCAAGGGAAGUAACACUGCGCGGAGUUUGAAAAAAAGUUGUUUCGAGAAAUUGGCCGAGGGGUUCCGAAUGUGAAUCCGGAAGCUUGCCGGAGAUGGCCGAGUUGUUACGAUUGCACUCAACCAAUACAGAUGACUGAAAGCGAAAGUAGAGUGCCACUUUUCAUUUCAAUCGGGAACAACAACAUUUUGUUGGUCUUCUAUCAAAGGAAACGAUGGCGGUAGUGUUUGAUAUGAAAAGGUGCCUUGAAGCCUGUGACUUGCAGGUCGGGGAAUCUGUCGACUGUACACCGAAUAAAGAUGGAGGGGUAAUAAAAAAGUUGCUGAAAACAGGGAUAGGCGAAGAAUUCCCGAAUUACGGUGACAGAGUUUACUUCAGGUAUACUGCAUACAAAGGGGAUGAAAUGACAGAAGAAAACAUUUUUGACUCAUCAGAGAAAGACGGAGAACUGUUUGAAUACGAUUGCUUAAGAGGCAAGGUUAUCAGGGGUUUUGAAUUGGCAGUGCUAUCCAUGAGACCAGGAGAAAGAUCAUUGAUCUACCUAUCAGCGGAUUGGGGAUUCGGUAAAAGCGGUGCUCCCCCAAAAGUCCCUGAAAACUCCAGUGUUAUCUUUGAUACGGAAAUCAUCAGUGUGGAAUGUUCAGACAUAUCGCCAGACCAAGAUAAAACUAUACUGAGAAAAGUGUUAGACAGAGGGAAAGGUUUCCUCCAUGCUAACUUCGGGUGCCCUGUAGAGUCACACAUCAGGGGAGAGUGUGAUGGGCGAGUGUUUAUGGACAAAGAUAUCAACUUUUUUAUGGGUGAGGGAUCCUCUGAGGAGCAUGGCAUUCCACCAUUUAUUGAGCCGUAUCUGGACCAUUGGAAAAAUGGCGAGGAAGCGCGUAUUUACUUUGCAGCCAAACACGCUUAUGGACCCAAGGGCUGCACGAAGUAUGGUAUCGGGCCCAAUAAGGAUCUCAUGUUCUGGAUCAAUAUAAAAAAAUACAAAAGGGUUGAGGAAUACUGGGAGUUAACCUACAAAGAGAAGAUGGAUCGUAGUGACGAGUACAAGACAAAGGGGAACAAAUACUUCAAGAAUGGGGAGUACGAAUUAGCGUCAAAAUUUUACGAGGAGACGCUCGACUUUGUAAAGCAUGACCUGUGUAUGGAGGGUGAGGAGGAGAAGAGAAGGCGCAAUUUACUUCUCGUUGGCAAUCUGAACCUGGCUCAAGCAUACCUCAGGAUGGAGAAGAACCGGGAAGCUCGGGAUUGCUGUGAUGAAGCUCUCACUUUUGAUGAACACAAUGUUAAGGCCUACUUCAGAAGGGGCCUGGCAAACUUUGCAAGCAUGGAGUAUGAAACAGCAAAGAAAGACUUCCAAAAGGUGUUGGAGAUUGACCCACAUAACAAGCAGGCAAGAAACCAGAUUGACAAAUGCACGAAAACGAUGAAUGAAACAAUACAGAGUGAGAGAGAGCUAGAACGCAGGAUGAUGUCUGGCAUCGGGAAACAAUCUGAUGAUGAUGAUGGGAGCCUGUACAGUAGUGGAAUGGACGAAAUUGAAAGCUGGGACAACAAUAUGGCACAGAGCAUGAUUCCUCUGGAGGAGGAACAGGCCGCGUUUGGAGACAUCAGUUCCAGCGACAGUGAAAACAACCAUCGCAUAAGAGUCUAACACCACCAGGUGGCUUGGGUUAUGUUAGAUCCCGCUACUGUGUAGAGUUUCGGGGGAUAACUAUCGCUUACGAGACUUGGGCCCCGAGGAGACGGUUUUUUGGGCCGGGAUUGGUGGUUGUUAUUGGCAGAUUACACUUACAAUUAUCUAUGUUCUCUGUGAUAUUAGCUUGGACUUUCCUUGCACAUGUCUCCACUGUAAAUAUAUGUUGCACUAUAUGCUAAGGACCAGCUCAUUGUUAAUGUCCAAUCGGAACUCCUCAACCAUUUUACAUCGAAAACCACCAGGGAAGUAUGUCGGUACAUCAGUAGAAGUAGUUCGUAAAAAUAAUCGUAUUAAUUAAUUGUUGUGUUUUAACGUGAAUUUUGUAUUACUGAAUUUAAGUUGAUUACCGGUAAAGUGUAAUAUUGCAUAAAUAAUUAAGAGAAAAGUCAUCAAGUUUAACUGCUGUAUUAAAAUUACUACGCGACCUACUUGCAGCGUAUUUAAAUGUUAAGAAUUUUGACAUUACAAACCGUCCAUAUACAUCUGAGGUUGUUUUCGAUGGAAAAUGGCCGAGGUAUUCCGAAUUUGUUAAAGUCUACUCGUGUAGUAAUGACAUACCAGUACAUAUAUGUUGGACUGAUUGACAUUAAUGAAUUGUUGUGCAUUAAACCGGUACACGAUCAUGUAUAUAUGUAUAUUUAAAAAGCAGUUGUAUUUUUUACAUUCCUAGUUGAGUUUUCAGAUUUGCAAAAUCAUGUGUGAUACAAUGAUAACAUUUUUCUGUUCAUUUACGUUCUUGUAAAUACCAUCGGAUCAUCAACGUUGGUUGUUAUUGGUGAUUAUCUGGAAUAAUUGCUUGCCGCUUGUCAUUUGUUAGUUUUUUUAUGUUCAAGUUUAAGUAAAAUACUGGAUUUGUUUAAAUAUUUUGCAAGUAAAUAUGCCAUACGUCGCGUCGCGACGGCGGCGUUGUCGUGUCCAUUCAAAGGCAUAUCACAUAAAUGCCUAUUUUUCACGAAAAUUAAACAGUAUGCAAAAAUUGAUUAAAUGGAACAUGGUACACAUGUUGCCAGAGGCAAGACAAUUAUUCACACACACAUAUAUAUAGCUUUAUUUCCCCCAUUUUCUGGAGAUGUACAUGGUAUAUGGUAAUACAUACACAAGCAUGAAUAUUUACAAACACAAUACAAAUUUGACAGUACAUAGUAAUGAAAGAAAGUCACAGUAACAUAAAUUGCAACAAGUUUGUUUUAUACGCAUUGCGUUGGUCUCGUUUGUAAUUUAGCCACUGCAUACAAGUCUGAUCUUACAAACGAUUAAGAACAAUGAUAAUGCAUCGGCUAAAAUCAAUAGACUGUUUCCUAUUAAUUUAAGCAAUAUUUCUUCGAAAGCAAAAUAGAAAUAGCUGUUUUAGGAUUAGCUCAUUUUGUUGAGUGGCAUUGUCAUUGGUGAAGUGCACGCAUCUAAAUGCGUCUUAGUUUAACAAAUCAUUGUAUAAUUUAGCACAGUUGAUAAGUUAAUCUGGUGUUAGAAAGUUCAUUUUUUUGCCAUGGAUAUAAGUUUACAUUGUGGUGCACAAUCAUCUCAUCUCCAUCUCCAUCGACACAUCUUAUAAAGGGUGGAUAAGUACACAUUUUGUACUGUUGUUUUCUGUUGAAUCAUUGUAAAUAAGGUUCAGUACAUAAACAUUUAAAUGUCUGUGACAUUGUGCCUUCUUUGAUAUAAAACUAUCAUAGUUUUUUUUGCAUUUAAUGCUUAUAUCUGUACUUAACUCCAUGCUGUGUUUCUGGCAUAUGCUCAUUUAGUUCCAAUCACAUGUAUAUACAGUGUAUAUGUUUGUCGAAAAUUGUUCAUUCAAUUUUCAAAAGUCGUCAUUUUGCAUGUAAAUUUUCUUUAAUAUUUUGUUAUACAGUUUGUUAAGAUUUUAUAGAUUUUUCUUCGAAAUGUUUGAUGUACAAUGUGUUUUAACAAAAUAAUGCUUUCCUUACGUUUCAUUAUAUGUAUAGCCUUUCGAAAUCAUGUUUACACAAUAAAUAAUAGGCAGCAAUAUCAUCAAGAUCCCUAAGAGCAAUUUCGUACCUAUGAGAGACCUAAGGGACUAUAUACCAGAUGGUCCAAAAUCGACAAAUACAGAAUUUCGUCAAAACAAGCUUGGAUUUGUCAAUAUAAGCUAGUAUGAUGCCGAUAAUAUAUCAUUUUACAUUCUUAAAGAAUAUUUUGUCGCUGUCUUAUCUGAGUUAACCCGUUUAAUAAUAAUAAUGGUUUCCCAGUUUAUAGUGUGUAUAUUUAGCAUGUGAACGUCACGAGAUUUGUACAGAUAAAUAUACCAAAGUUAUUUUAAACUUUACUUGGAUUAACGUGGUAGACAUACCCAAUUAAAAUAUUCAAAAACUGCGAAAGAUACGUAUGUCAUAAGCACGUGCACACAACGAUAUCAAUUGUAUGCAAGUUUUUUUACCAUUUUCUUUUUUUCUUGCAAUGGUAUCAUGUGGUGACUAAGUGCCUUUAAAAUUGUAAUGCUACACUGCUGAAAAUCUCUCCAAGGUACGAAAUCAAUCUACGAUUCUUGACCAACCGGUCCCUGACCCCAAAAAGGACUUUAUGCUCUUAAUCUUGUUGAAAUUAUAAAUGAACAACUUAUAUUAAUUUCAAGAUACUAAUUAAAAACGAAAUGCAAAUGACCAGUACAUAAAAAAACUGUAAUAUUGAAACUCCCAAUCAUGAUUACCAUCCCAUCAUUAAUAACAUGACAAAAACAUUCCACUGAUUAAUUGAACAACUAUUAUGUGGAUCACUAUACACUCUUACGCACACUGGUCAGAAAUUGACUCCGUCAGAGCAAUAUUUUAUCAGCAUAUAGAGAGCUGAUUUUUCUACCUUCUAUACCAUGUACGUAGGAGUGUAUAAAAAAAUGGAAAUUCAAGUGAUAAUUGCACCUGUCUAUUUUUCUAAUACACGUAAAUAAAUGUCCGCAUAUUAAACAUGGGUUUAUCUAAAUGAUAUUGAAUUUGUAUGAUCCCUCAGUGUCGACUUAUUUUGAGCGAACUUGAUUGGGUAUUGUAAUUGGUAUUGUCACAUAAGAACACACGAAUAAUGGUACUUGACAGCUGUCAUAUGCAAACUAUUUUCCCCAUUUUAUACCGUUAUAGGUAUCACCAUAAACAAUUAAUGAGAUUCUACUUUUUAUUAAAAAUAUUCAAAUAUGUCAAACCAAUAUCAUUUUGAAAAAAAAUAUAUUGUCAAACGCAUAUCAGUUCCGCUAUUAAGCGUUUUGAGUGAAAGAGUCAAAAAGGCUUCUUUUUUUCAUCAAUAAAUCGUCCCAAUUUUAAAAUGUUGACGUUAUUAACAUGUACCCUGUGUUUUGGUGUGCAUGGGCAUAUCUCGUUUAAUGUUAUAUUACCUAGAGAACUACGGACAUUGUUGAAGUGUAAAACUAAGUUAUUGACAGCUGGCAAGUAUUCUAUAUUAUUCAUCUUGUAAGAAGUUUAAAUUACACACUUUUAAACCAUAUUGUUAAUUUAUUUGUAUUACAUAAUUAAUCAUCAAUUGUCUGAUUAUUUUCGAUGAUCGAUUAUGAUUUGGACCAAUUUUCAAUAUCAGGUAUCUACUACUGUCAACGAUAGUUUCAUCAAUGAUUUGUUGAUCUGUUCAUCAUUUUAAUUUAUUUUUGUAAUUUGUAUAAAAGGCAUUGUAAGAUGAUAAGAAUAAGUUCAUGAAAACAUAUUGGACAAAACUGUGACAAUUAUCCCAAUAACAAGCACUUUUGUACAUUUUGCAUAGUUCACACAAUAAUAUAUAUCUGGUAUUAAUAGUGUAUGUCAAACAAUAAAAAGAGUA